AUGAGUACAACUGAGUCUCGAGAACGCACGAUUAACCUGGGCGCCGGCCCUUCGAUGCUUCCAACCAAUGUGGUUUUGGAAGCGUCUAAAGGAUUUAUCGACUAUGAGGGCUCAGGCAUAGGUGUGGCGGAACUGAGUCAUCGCUCAGCCAGAUUUAAGACCAUCUUGUCCAAUGCGGAAAACGACUUGCGCUCGCUAAUGAAUAUCCCUGAAAACUAUGCUGUUUUGUUUAUGCAAGGAGGUGGUACAGAACAGUUUAGUGCUUCACUUCUCAACAUGCUAGCCGCCCACGCCGCAAAGCACGGCGAGGGACGUACCACAGCGCCGCCUGUGGAUUAUGUGGUGUCGGGUACGUGGUCCAGCAAGGCUGUCAAGGAGGCCAGACGCCUCACUUCCCGCGUGAAUGUCGUUUGUGAUAUGACAUCAUUGUUGGGAGAUGCUACUGCUAAGAUCCCUCAACCAGAUUCCUGGCAGCUGAGCUCUAUUGACGAGUACCCCGCUAUGCUGUACUACUGCGACAACGAGACGAUCCACGGCUUUGAAUUCCCGCAAGACUUUAUCAAGCAGCUGCCUCCUGCAUAUCGUGAGCGUGUUCCGAUUGUGGCAGACUGUUCGUCUAACAUCUUGAGUCGCUCGAUUGAUGUCCGUGCGCAUGGCAUCAUCUUCUUCGGAGCUCAAAAGAACGUGGGUCCAAGCGGUGUUACCAUUGCCAUUGUGCGCCGAGACCUGAUUGUGGACCCAGACGCAUUCAAGUCGCCUUACGUGCCGCCGAUUCCAGCGAUGCUUGUGUACAAGAACAUGGCGGACAAUGACUCCCUCUACAACACGCCUCCUAGCUUCCCCAUUUAUGUGAGUGGCAUUGUAUUCCGCGACUUGAUUGCUCAGGGUGGUAUCACCAAGUCGAAGGAGCGUGCAGAGGCGAAAAGUGAGCUUGUGUACAAGACACUUGACGCAUACCCAGACGUAUACAAGCCGACCGUGGCGCAUCAAGAGUUCCGCAGUCAUAUGAACAUAACAUUGCGCGUGUUGAACCGCUCUACACAUGAGCCCUCGCCGGAGGCUGAGUCCAAACUUAUUUCGUUCUUUGGUGAACAUGACAUUGUGGAAAUUAAGGGACACCGCUCGAUUGGUGGCAUUCGCAUUAGUCUGUACAACGUUGUCACGCUCAAACAAGCCGAAAAGGUGGCGUCGCUGCUCAAGCAGUUUGCAGAGUCUACGUAG